AUGGUUGGAGAUUUAUCCAAGGAGGACCAAAUGCUUAGGAAAGAUGUUGAUGGAUUGAAACUUACUCUUAACCAAGAGGAAUCUAAAAGGUUGGUUAACAAUUUGCCUAUUACCGGUCUUGUUACUGAAAAUGAUGAUAAAGAGCAAGCAGUGCAGAAAACUUUGGCUUUAUUUUCUUUUCUGGAUACACCUAUCUCUCGGAAUGAUGUAGCUCAUUUUAAACAAGUUCCAACCAAAAACGGCGUAAAGGCUAUAGUUACCUUGAAGCCUGAACAUAAAAAGCAGAUUCUUACAACUCGUUCCAAAAAAGGGAAACUAACACUUAGGAACACUAAAUGUGGUGAUGCGGAUUCUAGAAUUUUCGUCGAUGAGUAG